CUCCUUUCCGCUGCAUGAAAACAGAUUCGUUCCCGCUGUGUGCCACGACACGAGAGCAAACUGAUACGUUCCCACGUUUCUAUUGGACAGCCUUAAUUCGUGCCUCUACUUUACAAUUUGAUAGACAGGCUAAAAUGGUCUCGGUCCAGCAUUUUCGUAUGUCUUGGCCCAUCAAUAAGCCCAUUAAUAUUUUUUUGGGGUCCACGCUAAACCCUCGCAUCCCUCUAUCCGAACAUGAUCAGUAAGACAGUAAGUAGUUUACCAAUUUACCACAGCCUUCUCCUUGCUCGUCUCGUCUCGUCUCGUCUCAUCUCAAUUUCUUUUUUCCAUCUCCAAAUCUCAGAAUUCACUUCGAAUGGAACUCCCUCUCAGCUUCCCAGUUCUGUUUGUUUCUUUUUCAAAACACAAAUGCUAAACCUCUAUUCUGUUAAAUGCCAAUCCACAAAAGAUCAAAGUACAGUGAAGAAUCUGAUGUGCGAUGGCUGUCGCAUCUUCUCCUCCAAGAAGCAAGCAUGGAUCAGAAUGUGGAUUAAAUGAGGUUUGAUGUGAUUUUACGCAAUUUUCGUUUCAGAUUCAGCUGAAUUUCUAUCAUGCAAAACAAACAAUGGGUUUCUACUCUAGUUUUCUGGUUUCUUCCCCAAACCCAAUCUGAUAAAUCAAAUAAAAUCCACUUGCUUGUAAUCCAGAGGACUGACAUCAAAGUAUCAAUAGAUUUCUUCCUCUGUUUGUGUGUUCUUAAUUUCUUUUUCGUUUCAAAAAUCAAGAGGAGUACCUUUAAUUUCCUUCGAACAAUUGGGUUUCUUCCCUUUUUGUUUAAUGGUUUCUUCGGCCAACCUUAAGCUCGUAAUUUAAAGGUCUGGAUUUCUGGCUCCUCCAAGAAACUAGUAGUGGAGUGGUUAUCUUCCUCUAUAAAUUGAAGUUAGAUGUUUGGCAUGAAAGUUCACUCCACUUCUCCUACUCUGUUUGCCCUCUCUCUUCUAGCUUUCCCCCUGAAUUCUCAAGAAAUGCAGAAUCUCGAAAUUGAAAUCCCGGUUCCUCGGCUGCCUCUUCGAACUCCUCCCACAAUCACAGGGUUACCACAUUCUUCCUAUCACAAGCUUCUUAUAAGAUCCAGCAAAACCUUCUCUCAACAACUCGAGUUAUUGGUACCAACUGGUUUAUGACACCACUCUCCUUCUCUCUGUUUUACUGGUUGUUCAUUCGAGUUCCGGACACCUUCCUUCUCAUGUUGAUCAACAUCGUUUUUUCCCCCCUCCAUCUCUACAACUUCCAAUUCACUAAAUUUUUUCAGAAACGCAAGUCUGUAUGGGGCCUGUGGGCGAUCCUUGCCUUUGUUGUCUUCCUCUUCAUCACAGUAUACUUCUACCGUGUCUAUUGGUUUAGGAAGAAAAUUUGCUUCCAUCACAAUUAUGGUAUCUUUGGAAAACUUAUAGGUCUAGCUAUUGUGGUUGCUUGCAGUGCUUCUUACAUUUUUUUGGGAGAAUCUGAUCUCAGUUACCUAAUUUUCAUCUUGGUUCUCAUUGCCAUGUUCGCGGCUAUGAUUGUGGCUCUCGUUCCUUCCACCGAUUUCAACUUGGUGAACGGGCUCAUCAUUUCUUUUCUGACCUGUAUCAUCCGCAUCCUUCACAAUGGGACUGUUGUAGGCUAUUGUACUCUCCCAUCACUAUCUGCCGCUGCUGCCCCCUCACCGGCUGGCGCUGUCGCCAUGGCAACAACAUGUUUGGAUGCAAAGCUUAAUCCGUCUUCCCCGUAUCCUUGGCUCCUUAUCUGUGGUUGCUUCACUAUUGCUGCCGUGCGUUUCUACUUGGAGUCCAGGGGGUUGAAGGCUGACGAGGAAGGAUUGAGGGAGGAGGAAGUUCUUCCACCAUCACCAUGGACAUCAGUUGUGAGUGCUUGUUAUGGUGGGUGGGAUAUGUUGGCUGAUAGCUCCGUUGCUGCAUUUUUCACUCAUCAACAAUAGAUAGGCUACGUGGGUACAUUGGUAUUCUGAUCACCUGUACAUUGGUAUUCUGAUCACCUGAUGUUAAUUAGUUUGAUUCUCACUAGAAUAGGGACUCUAGUUGGCUUAGUAGUUUCUUUGACUCUUGUGAUCCUUGGGUUUGUAGUUGUAGUGGGCGGUUGGGCGGGUUGUAUUUACUGUAGCUGUGCUGUAACUCUGACAAUGUUGUUUUUCUGUGUAGUUGCUUUGUAAUCCAAUGAAAAUCAGUAGCUGUGUUUCUUGUUUUUGGAGUGCAUUUGCUGCCACUUGCCGCCCAAAGCCAAAAUGUAGGGCGAUUGUUAAAAAAAUAAAAGAACCUAAAACCGAAAGGGAACAGAAGAUGAAGUUUUAGUUUUAGUUACCCACCAAUUAAUCUUUCGGAUUCACAAAUCCUUUUGCUUAUCUGAAACCAACUCCUCUCCUACUUGUAUAUGCUAAGACUUGGUUUCAUUGCCCCAACUCCGGUCCUCUUUUUCUUUGCUCAUCCUAAAUAUUCUGCUUGGUUUCUUGAGUUAUCUGUCUUUACUUGGAUUAGCCAUGGCGGACCCUUCUUCUUCUUCGUUUUCAGCUGCAGCCACCCAACAAAAUAAGGACAUGGCUCCUCAUUCUCCUGGAAAUAGUCAACAUGGUAAUUAGCAUUAGUCAACAUGGUAAUUAGCAUUAUUCUCUCGUAUUACUACUCGUGUGUAGUACUUACUCGAUUCGUGUAAUCCAAUAGAGCAAACUAUGUCAUUGGUAAUUUAUUUGGCCGCACAUUAUACUGUUUCCAAGGAGGAAGCUACCAGUCAAUAGUGUGCCUUUUCUCCAUUUUUCUUUAUGAUCAGCUUGGCUUCUCUUUGUGCGUUUCUUUGAAGCCAGGUUUUCCCCUUUGAUUGAACUACCUAGUAUGCAUGAAUAGGGUCUAGGGAUGACAAUUUGAAUUUGUCCUAUUGCGUUAUCACAUAUACCUUAGGUUGGUUAUUACUAUUACCUGACCCGUCGUAAUGUAGGACGGAGCAUUUUCCGUCCCCACGUAUGCGCGUUAUUACAUGUCUUAUUUUGAGUUGUUGCAUACACCUGCCUUGUUGUGAUAUGCCCCGUUCUUACAGGUCCUAUUUCGAUUUUCUUUAAUAUCUAUUUGUACUAUCAUAUUUUGACUUUUUUCAAUUUGGUUUUCACUCAAUAAAACUCUGAGUAAGCG